AUGGAUUCUCGAAAUCGUCCUCAAGAUUCACCCUUACGAGAAGAUUCCUUUGAAAUGACUUCACCUACCUCGCAAAUACCAACCGGUAGUCCUGGUGGUGGCGGUGGCAGCCUAUCACGUCAACGCGAAAAAUCCAUUUCCGCAAUCACACGCAACACUCACAACACCAGCGAAUUGCACUCUAUGUUAGGCGAACCGCCAGUGGAAGAUUCGCCACUACAUAUGCCCUUUUCAACAGAUGCAUCCCCCUACAACUAUGCUUCGCCGAUGCGCAUGCCUCGAGGGCUUUCACAGAAUUUGCAAGAAUAUUAUGACCGAGGAAACGGUACGCAUGAUGAUCGAUUGCGUAAUUUAGCUCACUACGCCGCUCAACAAAACGUCACUGAAGCUGCGACAUUCUUUGCCGAAAAAGUGUGUGCUAUCUCAGAUGACUUCAACGACGUGUAUUUCCUUGCUCAAGUAUAUUACGAGUCACAACAAUAUGAAAGAGCACUGGACCUGCUUAACAAAAAGAACACAUUCUGCAAAAGCGUUCAAUGUCGGUACCUGGCCGGAUUAUGUGCGAUUAAAACUGGAGAACUGACAAGAUGCUUUGGAUUAUUUGGGACAUGA